CGUUCCGCGGGAGUGCAGUGCCGGGUCGGUCCUCCAGUAUCCCGGCGUGCCGCGGACAGUGCUGUGAGAGUGAGCGGCCCGAUUCGCUGCCAUGGGCAACGGGCGGAGCGCGGCCCGGGGCAGUGAACCCACCAGUAAGUUGGUGCUCGCUUCGAAAUGGAAAGGCGCUUUGUCCAAAGUGGGAGUCUCCCUCUCGAGCUGGUGUUCGGGAUCUUUCCGAACUGGUGGAAAGUACGAACAAGAACAACUACUACCAGUCGGGAUGCGAGCUGAGUCUCUCAAGCAUGCAUGCACUGGCUGGCCCUUUCCUCGCUUCAUCUCUCUCUUCUUCCCAGUCUUUCCUUACAAAUCGCAGCAUAUUGAUCAGGAAUUCCAGGAUAUUGAGUUCAUUGCAAGGGGCUCCUUGGGACCAAUUCUGAAAGUCCGCCAAAGGACUGUGGAGAAGACUUACGCAUUGAAAGUGCUACUGAAGGCGGAGGUUGUGCGACAGGGAGUCCUGCAGCAAUGCAAGGAUGCAGUUGUAAUCCAGAAGCAGGUCCUCCAUCCCUUCGUGCAGGGAGUUCGGGAAUGUUGGCAGACUUCACGGCUGCUCUUCAUUAAGUGCGACUACCACCAUGAUGGGGACCUUGGCAGAUUCUGGGCCGCCCAGAAGCCGCUGGCGGAGGGCAGAGUGCGGGUGUUCGCAGCUGAGUUGGGUUCUGCCAUUGGUUUCCUUCAUGAUUUUGGAGUUAUUCACCGGGACGUGAAGAUGGAGAACGUUCUUCUGAACGAGCGAGGCCACCUGAUAUUGACGGAUUUUGGAUUGUCCCGCAGACUGUGGCGAGGAGAGAGAGCGAGCACCAUCUGUGGAACUAUUGGCUACAUGGCUCCUGAGGUGUUGAGGGGCAGCCCCUACAAUCACUCAGCUGACUGGUGGUCCCUUGGAAUCCUGCUCUACAUUCUGAUUGCUGGCAAGUUUCCUGUGGAGCCUCAGGAUGACCAUGCCGCGAUGCUGGCCAGCGUGCAACGAGCCCACCUCCCUCCGCCGGCCCCCGUCAGUCGGAGCCUCGACUUUCUCCUUGCAGAGCUGCUGUGUGCCGACCCCCAGCGCCGCCUGCACCGCCUCGACGCUUUCAGUGAGCACUGCUUCUUCCAUGGCCUGCCCUUCGACCCUGUGCUCCUGCAGCAGCUGCCCCUGGAGCCAAGUCAGGUGGCGGGUGAUGGACCCUCCCUGUCUCAGCACCCACCCCACCUCUUCCCUGAUUUCGACUGGGAGCCGCUUGCUGACUCCGAGACGCCCCUGGCAGCGUGAAGGGACGCACUUACCGGUCGCUCGUCUGUGAGUCACUCACGUGUAACUCAGCUCCGUCCAAAUCAUACAGUGCCCUCCAUAAUGUUUGGGACAAAGACCCAUCAUUUAUUUAUUUGCCUCUGUACUCCACAAUUUGAGAUUUGUAAUUGAAACAAUCACAUGUGGUUAAAGUGCACAUUGUCAGAUUUUAAUAAACUCAUUUUUAUA